GCCCGCCAUGGCGAGCGUCCACGAGAGCCUGUACUUCAACCCCAUGAUGACGAACGGCGUGGUGCACGCCAACGUUUUCGGCAUCAAGGACUGGGUGACGCCGUACAAGAUCUCCGUGCUGGUGCUGCUGAGCGAGAUGGGCCGCGCCGGGAGCUCCCCCGCCGUCAGCCUGCUGCACCGCCGCCGCCUCAACCGGCUCCUCCUGCCCCUGCUGCAGGGUCCAGAUAUGACGUUGUCACGACUACACAAGGCAAUCGAGGAGGCCUGUCCCCAGCUGGGAAAUUCCGUACAAAUCAGGAUCAAAUUGAUGGCAGAAGGAGAACUAAAGGAUAUGGAACAAUUUUUUGAUGACCUUUCAGAUUCAUUUACUGGAACUGAACCAGAAGUUCACAAAACAAGUGUAAUAGGCUUAUUUCUUCGUCACAUGAUCUUGGCCUACAACAAGCUCUCUUUCAGCCAGGUCUAUAAGUUAUACACAGCCCUUCAGCAGUACUUUAAGGACAGUGAGAAAAAGGCAACAGUGGAAGAGACAGAUAUGGAGCUGACUAACCCAGAGGAACUUGGAGGAAAAAUGGAAAAAGAAGAACUUGAUGGUCCUUUAAGGGAAGAGGAGAUAUCAUGCAGUGGCCCUCUUUCCCAAAAACAAGCAGAAUAUUUUCUUUCUCAGCAGGCUUCUUUAUUAAAGAAUGAUGAAACUAGAGCUCUCACUCCAGCAUCUUUACAGAAAGAACUGAACAACUUGCUGAAAUUUAAUCCUGAUUUUGCUGAGGCGCAUUAUUUAAGCUACUUGAAUAGCCUUCGGGUGCAGGACGUUUUCAGUUCAACUCACAGCCUCCUCCACUAUUUCGACCGGUUGAUUCUCACUGGAGCCGAGAGUAAAAGCAACGGAGACGAAGGCUAUGGGCGGAGUCUGAGAUAUGCCGCCCUGAAUUUAGCAGCCUUACACUGCCGAUUUGGCCACUAUCAACAGGCAGAGCUGGCCCUGCAGGAAGCAAUUAGGAUUGCUCAGGAAUCGAAUGAUCAUGUGUGCCUCCAACACUGCUUGAGUUGGCUUUAUAUUCUGGAGCAGAAGCGAUCAGAUAGCUGUGUCCUUUUGGAACAUUCUGUGAAGAAAGCUGUGCAUUUUGGGUUACCGUAUUUAGCAUCCUUAGGAAUACAAUCUUUAGUUCAACAAAGGGCUUUUGCUGGGAAGACUGCAAAUAAGUUAAUGGAUGCCUUAAAGGACUCAGACCUCUUGCACUGGAAACACAGCCUGUCAGAGCUAAUUGAUAUUAGCAUCGCACAGAAGACAGCAAUCUGGAGACUCUAUGGGCGCAGCACAAUGGCACUUCAGCAAGCCCAGAUGCUGCUGAGCAUGAACAGCCUGGAAGCCGUGAACGUAGGCGUGCAGCAGAAUAACACCGAGUCAUUCGCUGUUGUGCUGUGCCACCUUGCAGAGCUGCAUGCAGGACAGGGCUGCUUUGCUGCUGCGUCAGAAAUCCUGAAACAUUUAAAGGAGAGAUUCCCACCCAACAGCCAGCAUGCCCAGUUGUGGAUGCUGUGUGAUCAGAAGAUACAGUUUGAUAGAGCUAUGAACGAUGGCAAAUAUCAUGUUGCAGAUUCCCUUGUGGCAGGAAUUACCGCCCUUAAUAGCAUAGAGGGUGUAUACAGAAAAGCAGUUGUAUUGAAAGCUCAGAACCAAAUGUCAGAGGCUCAUAAACUCCUGCAGAAAUUGUUGAUUCAGUGUCAGAAAAUUAAGAAUACAGAAAUGGUCAUUAGUGUUCUCCUGUCUACCGCUGAGCUGUACUGGAGGGCCUGCUGUCACACCAUUGCACUGCCCGUCCUCCUGCAGGCCCUGGCUUUGUCUCGGGAAUACCGCUUACAGUACCUGGCCUCCGAAACGGUGCUCAAUUUGGCCUUCUCUCAGCUCAUCCUCGGAGUCCCCGAACAGGCCUUGAAUAUCCUGCACAUGGCCAUCGAACCUAUCUUGGCCGAUGGGGCUGUUCUGGACAAGGGCCGGGCCAUGUUUUUGGUGGCUAAAUGCCAAGUUGCUUCUGCCGCUUCCUAUGCUCCCCCGAAGAAAGCAGAAGCCCUGGAGUCGGCCAUCCUGAACCUUAACGAAGCUAAGAGUUACUUUGCUAAAGUGGACUGCAAAGAGCAAAUCCGAGACAUUCUUUACUUUCAGGCCAGGUUAUACCACACCCUGGGAAGGAACCAAGAAAGAAACAAGUGUGCAAUGCUCUUUCGGCAGUUACAUCAAGAGCUUCCCUCCCACGGGGUCCCCUUAAUUAACCAGCUUUAAGAGAAAAAGGUCAACCUGGCCCCUCUAUGUCAGAGUUUUGAUCUCCCUGGCUGCCUCCAACUUUCAGUAAUGCGUUUGCUCUGAUAUUUCACUUGUGCAAAUCUAAAAACCUGAUUAUCAAUAAACGAAUCUGUAGCACAGGUUUCUCAUUUCUU